ACUCACUCCCGGUCACCAGUCAGAGCAAAGACACACGCGAAAGAGGAUGUAUCGCGUGGCGUGAGCCACUAUCCACGUAUUCCCCGUCCACGGACAGACAUAGACUGUGAUUUUAUUCGGAGUUUUACCAACCAAAUAGUCAGUGUAACGACGGCCAAUACCAAAGAUUAUACGAAGCGACAUCCUCUUACUCGGCUGUGUAUACAAGUGCCAGGUUUCCUAGUCCCGACCUCCCUCCGUCAGAGACGAGAGAGAGUUCCCCCAAACGGUGUCUCCCUCUUAGCGAUUGUGUAGUGCGUGAAUUUCCGUCACCGUGUUCGCUCCCGAGUGUCCCAGCGAAUAUGAGGUUAGAAGUCAAAUCCGCGGCCGAUUUCCUAGUUGAUCUAGUUCGCCUCAACAACAGCGGACUAACGGAAUCACAGAUGGAUAAGUUCCGCGAGAAUGUAUGUGAUAUCUUAGUGCGGCACUACACCGACCACUGGUUCCCGGACAAGCCUUUCAAGGGAUCCGGAUACCGGUGCAUCCGCAUCAACGGCAAGAUGGACCCCCUGAUCGCCAGGGCCGGAUUCAUGAUGGGCCUGGCCGUCUCCUUCCUCCGGUCGCUCUUCCCCAGCGAGCUCACCAUGUGGGUGGACCCCAUGGAGGUGGCGUACCGCAUCGGCGAGAACGGAUCCAUCUGCAUUCUCUACGAGGACGACAAGCCUCGCAAGAGCCCGCCUCCCGCCGAAACCCCGUCUCCGGUGAAGGCCCUGCCGUCGCCUCCGCCGCAGCAGCGGGCUUCCUCACCUCCCCAGGCGCUGUCCCAGCCGUCUCACCUCCACCAUCUCCAUGUGCAGCAGCAGCAGCAGGCUCAACAGCAGGCGCAGCAGCAGCUUCAUCAUCAUCAGCAUCACCACUUCUCACCGUCCAAGUCUGUCGUGGUUUCGAGCGCCCUCCAUCAGUCGCCCCCCCUGUCUCCUGUGACCACGCAGCAGCAACAUCAUCAUCACCAGCAGCAGCAGGCAGCCGCGGCGGCCAUGCAGCUGAGCAUGUUCAUCAUGAACGGCAAAGACAACGGCAACCUGGUCAAGUGCAAGGAAUCUCUCCGAGGAGGUCUGGACGCGCGACGCCUCCAGAUGGACCCGCUCUUCGUGUCCAGCUGAGCCCACCUCACGCCAACUCUUGUGAUCUCACCCACGCCAACAGUUGAAAGUACAAUCAGGGACCAACAGGUGAUCAAGACAUCGCGGUGACCUCCACCCAACACCUGUAGGGGGUCGGUUGUUGCACUCGCGUCUCCCCCUCCCAAGACGCCCAAUCACAACGGGAAAAUUCUAAGAUUACAGUAAUAUUUAUGUACAUAAUGAUAUAAUAUAAUUAUAUAAUAUAAUACACCUAUUAAGUGUUGUGGUAUGAGUGUUUGGGCGCUCGAGGCGCAUGUGCCCUCCGUUAUUCUAAUGGGAAAACCCGAUGAUCACUGCUGCUGCUCUGAUGCUGACUAUGUGCAUGCCUCUCCGUACUUAGCCACGUCCUAACCCUGUAGCCCGUAGCUGUGGUUCAAGCUAGCCCGCCACGAACCGCCCUCGGGGACCAGGAAUCGCAUCGAUUCCGUCUUUAUUCCGAGUCCCCUGCUUGGUCCGGUUCGGGGCUUGUGUACCAACAGGCACGGCGAGCUGGGGGGUUGAGAGCGUACGAACGGAGCGCGUCCGACGAGCUGCGGACGAGUCCCGUGGGCCGCCGCCCGCCCUUCGUCUCCGCGGAGGGCGACCCGAGGGCGGCGAGGCAGGGCCCGAGGCGAAGUGUGUGAAGAUGUGAUAAUACUUGCAGUCUCGGUGCCCUUUGCCUUCUUGCCCUAGCGCAGCGAACAUCCCAGUUCACCCCUAAUGACUGAAGAAGUUUAAAAAAAACUUUUCAAAUGGUACAAAGUCAAAGUUUUUAAAGUGUCUGUGAUUUAUUCGGUCGCAGUAUUUUCUUUUCAUUUUAUGGAAAAUGUUCUAGCUCAGUUUAUCAUCAAUGUUUAGCUUUAGCGACAUUAUUUUGCUUUAAGCAAUUCAUGGGUAGUGAUAUAAUUGUGUACAUUUUUUUUCCUUGUUGGUGCAUGCUUAUCUUGUAAUAUAUGCCUGUAAAAAGCCUAUUUUGUUCCACAAAACGUCUAAUUUUACUAGAAAAUCGUUUUGUACAGUAUAAAUAAAAUGUCCAAUGCAUUGCA